UCCUGACUUGGAUGACAUCACGGUACGGUAAAUAUGGCCGAAACUUGAUGCCAACGUGACGAGCGUCGUAACUAUCCAUCGAAUAUGUAAAUAAAAGUGUAUUGCAAUGAUUAAAUCAACGUGACAAAUUGCUAAUUGUGAAAUGGAGGAAGAUAUUAAUAUUUAUGCGGAUUUACCCAAUUUUAAUCUAGUGGAAUCUGACAUAAAUGAUCAACCAAAGGCAGAUCAUACUUGCAAUUAUGAAGAAUUGGAAAAGAAGUUUGUUUCACUUACCAGUAAAUUUGAAAAUAUGAAGAAGGUUAAUGAAAACUUGGAGAAAAAUCUUGCUUCCUUACUGAAAACUGCAAAGGCAGAAAUUACACGGAAAGACAAGAUGAUAGAAGAACUCAGAAAUCAAUUGGAUAAUGUAGCCUUUAGAAGAAACAGAAAUGGAUCUCUAGAAUUGUCUACUCUCAGAUCAUCAUAUCACAAUACAAUGACAGAAAAGUAUGAAAGUGUUACUCCUUUGAUAAAUUCAGAAGAGAAUACAUUUAUAUCUCAACAAAUUGAGUCAAGUUACACUGAAUACAAAAGCAGAAAGCCACGGAGUAACACUGACCAAAUACCAGUUACAGUAUUUGGAGAAAGGUUACAUAAGAGAAUUAUGGAUGAUACAAGAGAGGACAAGAAAUUGAGAGCAUCAAAGCUUAACUCAGAUACUAAUGUAAAUAAGAUCUCUGAAGAGUGCAUUGUAGAAAGUGAUAAAGAGAAUGGAUCUCAAUCCAGUAUGAAUAAUAAUGGCAAUGAAUUUAAUGUUGUUACUCGAAGUUCUAAUUCAGAUACUUCAUAUAAAAAGAACUUAGGGAAGAGAUUGAAUGAAGAGGACGAUACGUGUAAGAACAAACGUUUAAAGACUAAAGAAGAUAUCGAGGAUAGGAAUGAUGAUGACAUCGAUUGCAACUCUAUGAUACAAUACGACACGAAAGACGAUCUCACGAAAUUGGAAGAUCAACUGUGUGCUAUGUAUUCCAUUAAAAAGGACCAAGUUCCACUCGAGACGAAACGCAGAGCUACUUCAGAGCAUGGAGAUAUGAAACAAACGCAAAAUUGUAAAAAUGGAUGGAGGAAAGAAGAAAGAAUCAGCGCAUCGAAGGAUUACAGUGAUACUCAUGUCAGGAAGGGAUCUGUUGAUAGCUCAAGAAGUCGGACUACUUCGAUAUCGAAUGAAAGAUUUAAUAACGACCACCAGCACGAUCAUUACAUCAAUAGUCACAGAAAAAAUGACUACAGGCAUGGUUCAUCGAGUUCUAGGAGUUUUUUUAAGAAUAGAAACGAUUACGAAAGUUCGAGCAGUUAUCGCUUACGAGAAAAAUCAAGCAGGAUGUAUAGAGAUAGGAAAUACGACGACUAUAAAUAUGAUAGUCGAUAUAAGAAUGAUAGAUCGAGGAAGAAUUAUAACAGCAAGGAAACUAGUGGUGUUAAAACAAGAUAUAGUAGUAGAGAACGCGGCGAUUUGCGAGAUAGACUGAGACACACGAGUGACGUUGAGAGAAGUGAUGAAGAGAGAAGGAGCAGAAGUGGUUUACAUAAAAGUAACAAGUACGAUAAUCACAGACUAAAGGAAACUAUGGCGAAUUCGGAGGAUAAGAGAUCACACAAAGGUAGUAAAACCAUAGUAGAAAUUGAUUCUCGAGUGUCUUCUAGUCGAACGAUUGUAAAUAAUACAGUGGAGCACAGCGUUGGAAAAAGUACCGAACAGCACAGCGUGAAGAACGAAACAUGUGAACCUACCAGUUCUAUAGAAAGUGUGUCGACAUGUGCUACUACAAAGGAUGAGAGUCAUUUGGAAGAGGGUGAGAUUUUAGACAGUCCCAAGUCUAAUCUCAAAAAGAAUGAUUCUGCAAAAAUUUCUACAAUUCAAACAGUGGAAAAAAAUGUUGCAGAAACUUCUAUUCAAGUGGAAGGUAUAAGCGAGAAUGCGUCUGUGGAUAUCCAAAGAAAUACGGAAAGCACGUCUCACGUUAAAAACGAUUUGACACAGUUCAAUCCAGCUGAUGAAUGCGUUUCAAUGACUGCCGAGACAUGUUUUAACAACUUGAUGAUGAAUGAUCUGCACUCUGAUAAAAUUGUAAUAUAUCCCAGCCUUCCAAGUCCGGAGAUAAUCGGAGGUUGUAAUAAUAAUGGCGAUUAUGAGUGUGAAGAUUGCAUCGAAGAAAAUGUAACGGAUGACGCCAAUCGCCCUGUCGAAGAAACGUAUGAUUUCAAUAACGAAAAUGUUAUCAGAAGCGAGGAGGUAGGCAAUGCUAGUGCCGAAGAUACUACUAAAGUUGAUGAAGUAACAACAAUGUUAGGUUUUGCAAGCUCAUUAUCACUUAAUAUCAACAAUAUUCGCCAAAGUGACCAUGAAGUAGCAAGUUCUGCUUCUGAUGGAGUUACGCAAGUCGAGACUGUGCCUAAUUGCGAAAACGCCUAUGAAAGUCGAAUAUCUAAUAGAAACGAAACUUUUUAUCAAAUACCUGGUAAUAGCAACGCCGAGGCGAGCCAUACUUGCCUGGGCGAUCAUAAUUACGUUCGAGACACCGUCAUCGACGUCUCCGAUUUGCAUGUUGUACCUAACGGCUCAGAACGUCAUGAAUCCGCGCCGGAUACUGCGACAUCGAAGGAAACUGAAGCAGAAGGAACAGUCAACGCUCAGUCAGUUGACACUAAGAAAACAACGUCGACUACGGUGAAGAGCAAAAAGGACCAGAACAGCAACAAAGCAGUAGUGAUCUCGCGUCGUCGAAAAGCCGUCACAUUGAGCGACAAUAACGCGUCUAUGACUGUCUUGAUAAAUACGGACUCGGCGAAAUUGUCCCUUGUUGUUGAUAAUUCCGUCAGUGACAAAAGUGACACUGUGUCGAAGCCGCGGGCGUGUAAGCUCGCGCGCACUAUAAAGCCGCCCUGUAAAUAAUUAUAAUAUAUAGCUGUCUGACGAUAAGUGUUUCAUAUCUGAUAUAUAUGAUUCAGUCAAACUGAACACAAAAGUCUAUUUUGCUAAUAACUAUAUAUUAUUUUGAGUUAUUAAUUAAAGAAGAUUGGCGCGAUACGGCAGAUUAGCUGUGAUGGCGAUGUCUGCUUGUAUGUAUAUAAUACAUGAUGAUAAUAUAUAUAAUAACACACAUGCAUAUAUAUAUAAUUUGUGUGUAUAUAUAUAUAUAGUGUUUUAUCAAUUUGAAAAUAACCCUAUAGACUUUUAAUUAUUAAUUAAAGCACAUUGAUGCAUUAUCACGCGCGAUCAUCUGCCAAUCGUCUUUCUGUAAUAACUUAAAAAUCUACUUUAAUAACUAAAAAAUCUGAUUGCAAAAUAAUACAGAACUCUUCUUCAUUUUGACCUAAUCUACAAGCACACGACGACAAGCAUUGUUAUCAUAACUCAUCUGCUAUUAUUACGCGUGAUUAUUUGCCAAUCUCCUUUAAUUAAUAAUUCCGAAUUUUACACGGUUGUUUCUGCAAAAUGGUAGAGGAAUUAUGUGAUCAUUUUGACCUAAUCUACAUGUACACAAGACACUGCAUAACUUAUACUUUUUGUAAGUAGUGUUAAUAAAACUGCAGAUACGUAUAUGAAUACAUAUACUGCAUAUGUGUAAAUUACGUUUAUGUAUAAUCUUCAACUAUGUAUAAACUGCGGAUAUAUAUAAACGAGGAAUUUUGAACAGAAA